CAAAUGGAUAUAUCACAGCCUGCACGCGCUUGACUCAGUGGGUCUGUCAUUCUGAGCUUUAAAAAAAAGUUUUAUAGCAGCAACACAACCGGCGUAGUGAAAUAAUACAACAGCACAAAAAAUACAAAACAAGAAACGCCGAAUCGUAUUGCGCAAAAUAGCUAUGGGACUGGUCGCGGUGUCUGCGUAAAAUUCUCUCUCUGCUUUUAUAUAACAGAAGUUUAAGUUUUGCGCAACAGAGUCGGUGCUGAAAAUUUUUUGGUUUGUUUGUUUUUGUUUGUUGAAUUUUUUGUUUGAUUCUUUUUUUUAGAUUCGCAUGUAAGUUCUGCUUGUUUUGUAGUUUUUAUUCUUCUUGUUGUUUUUGCGCUAGUUUUUUUUCUCUUUUCUCUCCGUCUGGAGAAGCCUAUGCGCCCGCACGCCUUCAGCUUGGAGCGGCCCUGCGCAUGGGCGGCAUAGGCGGCAACUUCCAGCCCAACAUGCUGAAUGGAGCGGACGCGCACGGCUUCCCCAAGGACGUGGACGCGGCGCACCGCGAGAAGCUGGGGCUGCACCACCGGCCCGAGCCGCUGGCUGACGGGCACGAGAGCACGCCGCUGCCCUUCCACGCGGAGCAGGGCCGGUUCUACCCGGGCGCCGCGCUCACCAGCUGCCACUUCGGCCGCGGCGGGACGGGGCAGGGGUACGGGACGGCACCGGACGUUUACCCAACUUACCAGGAGCACCCUCACCAUCCUCACCACCCCGCUGCCCCCCCUCCUCCUCCACACCAUCACCUGCAGCACGGUUAUCCCCGCGCGCCCCCGCUGUGCGCGCUCCCCGGCCUGCAGGUGUGCGGCAAGACGCAGGUCCUCCUCAACAACUAUCCGCUAUGGGCCAAGUUCCACAAGUACCAGACCGAGAUGAUCAUCACCAAGCAGGGCAGGAGGAUGUUCCCUUUUCUCAGCUUUAAUAUCAGUUCUCUGGACCCGUCGGCUCAUUAUAACGUGUAUGUGGACGUGGUUCUGGCUGACCAGCACCACUGGAGGUACCAGGGAGGGAAGUGGGUGCAGUGUGGCAAAGCAGAAGGCAACAUGCCAGGCAACAGGAUGUACAUGCACCCUGAUUCUCCCAACACUGGAAAUCACUGGAUGAGACAGGAAGUCUCUUUUGGCAAGCUAAAGCUCACCAACAACAAGGGCAGCUCCAAUAACAUGUCACAGAUGAUAGUGCUGCAGUCUCUCCACAAGUACCAGCCGCGCUUACACAUAGUGGAGGUGAAGGAGGAUGGAACGGAAGAUUCCUUCCUCAGCUCAAAGUCACAAUCCUUCAUCUUUCCUGAGACGCAGUUCAUUGCAGUCACUGCCUACCAGAACGCAGACAUCACGCAGUUGAAAAUAGACCACAACCCUUUCGCUAAAGGUUUCAGGGACAAUUAUGACACCCUCUACGCGCCGCCUGACUCGGACCGCCUCACUCCCUCCCCCACGGAGGGCCAGCAGCUCAUGUCGGGCAGCUGCUACCCCCACCAGUCUUACCUGCCUGAGCAGUACAUGAAUCCCCUGCAGCACAGCCGCUUCUACAGCCGCGAGCCCGUCAGCAUGGCCCACCAGGGCCCCAAAGACCCACCUGCCGGCUCCCACGCCCGCUGGUAUCUCCCCAGCCAGCAGGCAGUCCCCGCCAAUCGCCUGGACCUCAACCCGUACGACGGGGACUAUUCAGCCAAUAGCCUGUAUAAGCCCUUCCCCCUGCAGACGUCGCCCCACCACCCGCUCGGCUAUUACUCCGAUAGCCCCUUCGCCACCGGGCCAGUGUCCAGCCCCAGCCCCGGGUCCUGGAGCACGGGAAGACCAUCAACGCAGUACCUCAACCACCCCCACCCCGGGAAACCCCCCUCCAGCCUCAGCUGGUUACACCCCGUGUCCCCUGCAAUCUCCUCCUCUCCAUCAUCCGUCAAUUCUCGCCUGCACACUCCUUCCUCCCUCCUCGAGUCCCUGAGGCUGCCGGUGCUGCAGGACAAGCCCAAGGAGGCCGGAGAGGACCCCUGGAUGGAGACGCCAUCCGUCAAAUCUGUGGACUCAGCCGACUCAGGCCUAUUCGAGAGCGGAGAGAUUAAGAAAAGACGAGUGUCACCCUACGCCUCCAGCACCGAGAAUUCCCCUCCCAACCGUAGCAAUGACACUUCAGAGAAGGACAGCAGCAGCGAUGCAGGCUACUAUGGCUUCUAUGGCCACUGAGAGCCAUCAGUCACCACCCCACCCAGACUGACCCAGCUGUCUCCCACCCACAGAGCUGCGGUUCCCUCUAUGAAAAUGAGAUAAAUAUACUGUUAUCAUGGCUGUGGUUUCAAAAACCUUGUAUUUACAGCACCAACAAUGCUGGUUUUAACUUGACAGGUUAACUCAAAACCGACCUGCUGCCUGGCCAGAAUAAUUGUUGAGAAAACAAAACAUUUUGAUAAUAAGCUCAGAUAAUAAUGCUUAACCUCAUUGUUAGUGUAUUCAAACUUUUGAUCAUGAAAUCAUGAAUUUUAAGCAUUUGAGAAACAUCUGAGAAAAGGUGGAGAAGAUUGUGAGUACUUUUGCACCACUUCUACAGGUUUGUUCAGAUGAAUAUCUUCACACAAUGCAAGAGGC